ACCCAUCAUCACCAGGUUCCCAGCCGCCUAACACCAAUCUCCUCCUCGCCCACCAAAUAAUAGUUAGAAAUUCCACAAAAUAUAACUUCCCCCCCAUCACACUUAUACUUAUACUUACAUUUCCUUAUACAAUUCCACUUACACUCUUACACUCACGCUCACAAUCACAAUCACUUCCACACCACACCCACACCCACACACCCACUCUUACCUCACCUCACUUCACCUCCCUCAAUAACCCCUCCAAAAACCACAGAUAUAUUUCCCCUCCACUUUGCACCAUUCACACCUUCCGCUAUAAUAGUCUUUUCGCGGAUGGACGGUUUUUAGUUUAUAUACCUGGUCAAAUAUGACCAGAAAAGAUGGUUCCUAUCGUAAUAGCUCCGCUACGAGCUCAAGCACUGGGAGUUGGAAAUCUACUGAUACGAUAAAAGGCCCUGGCUCCUCAUACUUUCAGGGUUCAUCAACGAAGAGAGGAGCCCCAAUGCAGGUGAAGACGGAUAGAACGAGGUAAGCAAAAUGAAGGGAAAAAAAUUUCAUGAUGCAAAAAGAAAUCUUUAUUUUUAUUGCUUUAGUUCUCUUGGUUUUCUUUUUCCUUUAUUUAGUUGUUUCACAUAAACACUUCCAUUCCAAAUUCUAUUUUCAUUUUACUAUGUCCUGGAACAAAAGCUUUGAACCUGUUCCAUAACUAACGGCUUCCUGCAUUGGACAUGGCAGUAGGGUAGAAAGUGACGCUCAAGUUUCGCCGACAUCUGCAGGACCUCGAAACACAAUAUCUCCAUCUUCGUCGAUAUCUCCUAAUGUAUCCCCACGGGAGCAAAGAAUGGCCGCCGACUUCGGCAAUUAUCGACGUGAUCUCGCAGUCCUCGAAACAUCUGGCGGGCGCAUUCCUCAAAUCCAUCAUAAUCCACCAACAGCGAUAGCCUCUUCAAACCAAAUAGCUCCUUGGAUGUCUACCGGAAGCAGCGCGACAGGUUCACCAAACGGCUUUACUAGCUUUUAUAAUGAUUCGAGCGAUGCAUUGUCGCAAGCUUCACAGUUGUCGCCGAUUGCGAGGCCUGGAACAGCAGUAACGGGACACACAAAUACGAGCGAGUCUCCUGCAGACGCAUUCUUUGGCGAUGGUGAUGAAAGAAGACCAUCCGUGGCAAGUAUAACGACAGCGAGUAGUACUGGUUCAAAAUCUAGUCUCGGUAGGGCGGUGGGUGGGCUUCAUAAAAAGUUAACAAGUUUCUUUGGUGAGGACCUUCCAAGUUCAUCCGAGACUAGCCUUCCGCCGCAGGGAAAGGAGGUUCGAUCGCAUUCAUUUGCGCGGAGUCAUCGAGACCGAAAUCAUUCAUCUGCCACAGACCACGGACAUUAUAGAGACGCAUCCCCAGCAGGUGGAUCCCGACCUAGAACACCGGUACCAUCUAGCGAAGUUGUUCCAUUUUUAUAUCAGAAUUCCCAGGUCAGUAAAUUCGAUCUUCACAAGUAAUCUUCGCUUUGGGACUUUCAUUCCUCGACACGAUUUGUAUCUUCUCAAUAAUUUUGAGAUGAAAUCAUACGCUUCGUCGAUUCGCUCUUAUUUUUCUACAGAUUCUCAAUCUAAUGUUGAGAGUGAUAUGGCAAUAACGACCCCCCGUUCAAUGCAUUGAAGCGUACGUCGUGUACCUGAAGCUAACGGAAAUGUAUAGGAUAUAACUCUGUAUGGAGAAGCACCUGUGCGAGAGAAUCUUUCCGGCCCUGAUAGAGAACGCUACAUAAAUGAUAGUUCAGACAAACCACCCAAAACUUCAUCGUCUGCUAAAUCUCACCACCUCCCUGGACAUCAUCUACGUAAUCGAAGCAAUGAUGACACUAGAUCCUUACGACCGACCAUAAGUAGAGAGGAGUCUGCAUUCAGCAUGCGCUUCAAGGACCGAAAUAAUAAUCCUAUGGGCACCGCCGCGGCAAAUGCUUCCAACCCUAAUCUUCAACGACCAAAGAGCCCAACACCGAGUGGCAUGAGUACGUGGAGUCAAACAACGAAGGGAGGUAACAGCGAUGGUCCGUCAUCGCCCAGAGACAACAACAAUGGUACGAAAAGGAGUCUUCUGAACUUGACUGGUCGAUUCAAAAGGCACAAGGACAAAGAUCACACCCCAUCGCGCUUGAAAGAAACACCAGCAGCCAGUCGGGCACCUAUCAAUGGAUCUUCGAAGCAAGAUGCAGGAAGAAUAUAUGAAUCGCCAGACCUUGCAAAAUAUAGCCAAGAUGGAAGCAUUACUGGAUCCGAGCUCAAUCUACCGAGCCAGUCUACCAAUGGCAAUGCUCGGCCGCCGGGUGGACGACAGGGCACCUUCCCGAAGCUACCAUUUCGGAAAGGCCGAGGAAACAAAGGCGCAGAGGAUUCAGAUCAAUUAUAUGAUACAUCAGAUCGCAGUGGAGAUAAUGUCCACCACCUGGAUACCAAUCUGUCGAACAUGGAUGGGAUCUUGACGAAGCCGCCGCCUCUAACUCCACUUGAUAACAGCAUUUUUAACGGAGAGGAGGACGAAGGAAAGGCAGAGACCGAAAGUUUAGGUGGGCUUGGAUGGAAUGCACCAGACAGCUGGGCUGUAAAAAAGGUUGACGACGAUAACAUGUCGCGGCUCCCGGAGAUUGACGAAGCAGGUAUCCCUCAAAAGGCCGAAGAAAAAGCAAAUCCUUAUUGCAUAAGGAUAUUCAAAGCGGAUGGGACUUUUGCUACGUUGUCGACAUCGCUCAACACUACCGUCACCGAACUGGUGGCUCAGCUUAAUAAGAAGACUUACCAGGCUGACAGUCUCGACAACUACCAGAUUGUGAUGAAGAAACAUGACUUGCAACGAAUCCUGGCUCCUGGAGAACGCCCACUUGUUAUACAGAGGAGGCUCUUGGAGCAAGCAGGAUAUCAUCCCGAAGAUCGAAUUGAAGAUGUGGGAAGGGAAGACAACAGUUACCUCUGUAGGUUUUCCUUUCUCCCGGCGAGGCAAGGCGGUUACGCAUCCGUGUCAAACGACAAUGGGCUUGGUCGAGUCCAGAAAUUUAGUCAUGUAGACUUAUCAGGAAAGAAUCUCAUCACUAUCCCGAUUGCACUAUAUUCUAAGACUUCAGAAAUGAUCUCGCUCAAUUUGUCGCGGAAUUUGUCCCUCGAUCUGCCGAAGGAUUUCAUUUCUUCAUGCGUCAAUCUAAGAGAAAUCAAGUUCCUCAGCAACGAAGCGUGGAAGCUUCCAGCUAGUCUCAGUCGAGCUAAUCGCCUCACAAUCCUUGAUGUUUCCAAUAAUCGACUCGAGCAGUUGGAGCAUGCCGAACUAUCGAGACUGCAAGGCCUCAUUAGUUUAAAGCUCGCGAACAAUCGACUGAAGAGUCUGCCUUCAUAUUUUGGGCUGUACAGAUCGAUGAGAACCUUGAAUCUCUCAUCGAAUUUUCUAGAAGAGUUUCCGGAAUUCCUUUGCAAUAUGACUGCUUUGAUCGAUAUUGAUAUGAGUUUCAACGGAAUAUCGAAUCUGCCCAACGAGAUUGGCAAGCUAAAGCAUCUAGAAAGAUUCGUCAUCACGAACAACCGACUGAAGGGCUCACUUCCAAACACUUUUGGAGAACUUGUGAACCUCAAAGAAGUUGACGUUCGGUACAACAUGCUUUCGAGUAUUGACAUCAUUGCAACUCUUCCCAAGGUUGAACAGAUUUCUGCAGAUCACAAUUCAGUUUCCGUCUGCGAAUGUGAGUUUGCCAAAAUCCGAAUCCUUCGAUUGAACUCGAAUCCGGUAACCAAAUUCGAGAUCAAAAAUUUGGUCCCGACCUUAACAACCCUGAAUCUAUCUAACGCAAAAUUGGCACAAAUUCCCGACGCUGCCUUUGACAAGAUGCCGAAUCUCAACAAGCUCGUACUAGACAUAAACCACUUCGUGUCUCUACCGGCCCAAAUUGGCAAGUUACGCAAAUUGGAGUAUUUUAGCAUAGCGCGGAAUGCUUUGAGCAGUCUUCCGGCGGAACUUGGGUGCUUGACAGAGCUUCGAUAUCUUGAUAUAAGACAAAACAACCUCAAGAAACUUCCCAUGGAAAUAUGGUGGGCGAAUAAGUUAGAGUUUCUCAAUGUAUCUUCUAAUGUUUUGGAUAAUUUCCCAAAACCAGGUUCAAGACCUCCUCAGCCACCUGGCGACAUUGGUUCCACAAACGGCAAUAAUACUGGUCCAAAUUCACAAAAUUCAAGCUUUGAAGAGCUGGGGCCCUUGGACUUUGCGCAUAGACGACCGAGCCAGGCGUCUAGUGGGCUUCUCAGCGUGGGCAGCUCUCCAGUCCCUGAUGCUAGGAAAGGGUCUGUCGUGUCUGUUUACGGUAAAGGAGGGCGCAAAACUUCAGUAGUCUCGAGGAGUACUUCCGCAAGCACAAUUAAUCACCAAACACCUACAAACACCCGUAAGGACUCUGGAUUGUCGGCUAAACUUAUCAAUACAUUCGCUGGGUCAUUAAAAAUUCUUCACCUGGCUGACAAUGGACUUGAUGACGAUGUUUUCGAUGAAAUCACUCUCCUCAGCGAACUACGGGUACUUAACCUCUCUUACAAUGAUCUUAACGAUAUGCCAUCGAGGUCUAUCAAGAGCUGGCCACAGCUGGUUGAGCUUUAUCUAUCCGGGAACGAGCUCACUUCUCUUCCUUCUGAUGAUUUUGAAGAAUUCAGUCUCUUGCAAGUCUUGCACAUUAAUGGCAACAAGUUUCAGACCCUACCUGCAGAGCUUGGAAAAGCACAUCGUUUGCAGGUUCUGGAUUGUGGUAGCAACUCCUUGAAAUACAAUGUCUCGAAUUGGCCUUAUGAUUGGAACUGGAAUUGGAAUACCAACUUGAAAUACCUCAACCUUUCUGGUAAUAAACGUUUAGAGAUCAAGCCGUCCUUGCCGGGAAGUGCAGCUGCUCGAGAUGGUCGUGAUCUCACGGAUUUUAGCGCAUUGCAGAACCUGCGAAUAUUGGGUCUCAUGGAUGUAACCUUGACUAUUCCGUCAAUUCCUGAUCAGACUGAAGAUCGAAGAGUCCGUACUUCAGGUUCUCUUGCAGGCCAGCUGGCUUAUGGCAUGGCAGACAGUCUGGGAAAGAAUGAACACCUGUCCAUCAUUGAUAUGGUUGUGCCGCGUUUCAAUUCUACUGAGACUGAAACCCUGUUGGGUAUGUUCGAUGGUCAGGCGUUGUCGAGUGGAGGUUCAAAGAUUGCCAAAUACCUCCAUGAGAACUUUGGUCAUAUAUUUAGCGAGGAACUGAAAAGACUGAACGCUUUAAAUAAUGAGACUCCUAAGGAUGCGCUCAGACGGGCUUUCUUGUCACUCAACAAAGAUUUAGCCACUGCAGCAACUCAGAAUACGGAAGAAAGAUCCCUGCUUUCACAUCGAGGAUCAGCUACGCCAGCAGUUCUCAGCCAAGCGGAUCUCAUCUCUGGUGGUGUGGCUACUGUGAUGUUUCUACAACAAUCUGAGCUCUACGUCGCCAAUGUUGGAGACGCCCAAGCCAUGCUCAUUCAUGAGAAAGACGGACAUCGAAUAUUGACCCGGAAACAUGACCCAGCCGAGCCAAACGAAAGGCAGCGUAUCAGAGAUGCAGGGGGCUGGGUCUCCAGGCAGGGGAAAUUGAACGAUGUUCUCGAGGUAUCCCGUGCCUUCGGAUAUGUUCAACUCAUGCCAGCUGUUCAGGCUGCCCCUAAUGUGGAGCAUAUCACCAUCAAGGAGCAGGAUGAGAUGGUACUGAUCGCUUCAAGGGAGCUUUGGGAGUACCUGUCCCCUGAACUGGUUGUUGAUAUUGCCAGGUAUGAAAAGCAUGAUUUGAUGAGGGCGGCACAAAGGCUUCGAGAUCUUGCCAUUGCCUUUGGCGCUUCCGGAAAGAUAAUGGUUAUGAUGAUGGGUGUUAGUGAUCUAAAGAAGCGUGCCCAAAUACGACCACAUCGUGUUCAAAGUCUAUCAUUCAAUCCAAAUAUGUUGAUGGACGAGGGAUAUGUACCUUCCAAGAGACCUAAGAAGAAGACCGAUGACGUCGAUGAUUCAAUGCUCCGAAGAUUACAAGCCGAAGUCCAAGCACCUGUUGGAGACAUUGGUAUUGUUUUCACUGAUAUCAAGAGCUCUACGGCACUCUGGGAAACCUACCCUAGCGCUAUGCGAUCAGCAAUCAAACUUCACAAUGAAGUCAUGCGUCGCCAAUUGCGAAUUAUUGGUGGCUACGAGGUCAAGACAGAAGGAGAUGCUUUCAUGGUAUCAUUUCCUACUGCUACAUCUGCUCUUCUUUGGUGCUUUGCUGUCCAAUCAGCGUUGCUUGAAGUUAAUUGGCCCGCCGAAGUCAUAACCAGCAACAUGGGACAUGAGGUCUACGACAGCAAUAAAAAUCUGAUUUUCAAGGGUUUAAGCGUUAGGAUGGGUGCUCAUUGGGGUCGUCCAGUGUGUGAAAAUGAUCCAGUGACAAGACGUAUGGAUUACUUUGGUCCUAUGGUCAACCGUACCGCUCGUAUUUCUGCCGUCGCCGAUGGUGGUCAAAUUACUGUCUCGGCUGAUUUUAUAUCAGAGAUCCAGCGAUGUCUCGAGACAUAUAGUGAAAGCGACCGCUCAGGAUCCAUGGGCUCGGAAGAUACUUUCGACAGCGACUUUAUCAGUCACUCAAUUCGCCGUGAGCUUCGCUCACUCAGCAGUCAAGGAUUUGAAGUCAAGGAUAUAGGGGAGAGAAAGCUCAAAGGAUUGGAGAAUCCAGAAUAUAUCUACCUCAUGUAUCCACAUGCCCUCGCUGGCAGAAUCCAGUUUCAACGGGGCUUGGAAAGUGGUGAGGCAGCCGUUGUUGAGGAGGAGCCUGCCACUCUUGCUCGCGAUUCGGAACUGAGCAUUGACACCGAGAAUGUUUGGGAUAUAUGGAGGCUCAGUCUAAGGUUGGAGAUGUUGUGCUCAACUCUGGAAGAACCUCAAGGUUCCGCUUUACAGCCUCCUGAAACAGCAAUGCUUGAGAAGAUGAGGAAUAGAGGUGGAGAGGUAACUGAUCGUUUCUUGCUGAAUUUCUUAACCCAUCAAGUUUCGAGGAUUGAGGUAAGUUUCCCCAAAAGGCACUGUUAUGAAAUUUGUCUAAUAAUAUCAUAGACAUGCACCGCAGCACUCGCUACCCGUCAUUUAGCGAUUGGACAAUCACUGAUCUCAGACCUCGAUCAACUACGCGCACCAAUGGCAGGUGUUAUAGAAGGUCUUGCCGCUGAUUUGCGAGAAUUACAAAAAUAUAGAGCGAUGUACGGACCUUUGGAACCUUUGGAAGCCUUAGAACCCUCUGUAUACGAAUAUGAGGACGAAUCCGAGGAUAUAUCCGAGGAUAUAUUCGAGGACGCAUAAACCAAGACACACUGAAUCUCGGAUAUCGAUAGCAUGAAUCAUUUCUUGAGCAAUACGACUAGACAAUCUGGCUAGGGUAGCACAGUGUAUAGCUUACCUGGACACCAUGUACAGCAUUUUUUUACUAUAUUUCUCUUACUCACUUAUUUUAGUAUACUUUACUGGGAGGCAGAAUAGCGAUGGUAUGGUUGAAUUUUCAGCCAUCUAUUUAUACACGUCGACUCUCUUGACUUUUUUGGUCUUUGGGUAUAGGCAUUAGCGGCUAGGUUUAUAUAUGGAUAAAAAGGAUACGGUCGGAUAGGAGAUGGGAGUUUAUCUUAUAUAUUUGCUGAUUGAUUGUUGGGUUAAGUCUUGGAGUGGGACGGGCAUGUGUUUUUUGUGAUUGUUCAUUUAUUAUUAUUGUGCUUCAUUUUUGUUAUUGAGCUGGUAUACUUGGAAUGGAAUAUAUUUGGUUGGCGGCGGAGGUAUGGAUGGAAAGAUAUUGGAAGGAAAGGAAGAACUGAUGGAAGGAUCAAUGGCUUACUUGGGUCCGGGGAUAUUAUUAAGAAGACUGUGUCUUGGAUUUGAUACAUAUUGAAGGAAUGCAUGCAUGGGCGGACGUAGACGGGCGGAGGAAUUUGGAGCAGGACUCGAGCUCAAACUCGAUGGAAAGGAAAGGAAAGGGAAGGGAAGGAAAGGAAAGAUAAAGGAAUAUCUUAUGACUUUGAUGACUCGGAUUUCUCUGGUCGGGAACUGAUAAUUAUAGCAUCGGUGAAUGGGUAUAUAUAAAGAACAAGCGAGCGUUGCAUGUCUGUGUUUUGUUUUUCUUCUUCCAUGUUUUUGUGUAGAUUGUAUGGAGUGGGGUGAUGUGGAUAAGGUGUAUAGGAGGAGAGAAUAAUUGAAUGAGAGUAUUAAACAGCGGGAAUGGGCAAGAGAGAGAGAGAGAGAGAGAGAGAGAGAGAAAUUAUAUUGAAAUGCAUAGUUGAUUGGGUAUAGUGUUUGAUUGAUUGAAGUCGGUGCUGCUGCUGUGUGAUUGACUGUGGUGAU